GACGUUAGUAGAGUUUUGGUGGUGACGUCGAGGGAAGGAGCCGAGGGAUUGGAGGUGGGUACAUACGCUUGCUGGGCACCGUGAUCACGAAAGAUCUCUCGGUCGGGCGGAAGGGAGUACAUAAAAUAUCCGGGUGCAAAAGUGGGGCAGUUGCACCUUUUUGACAAAAGAAAACAGGAAACCGCGGUAUUGAGGAUGCCUACUCGGCCAGCAUUUUCCCGAGCGUCGUGCGCAACACAGUACCCCGGUGUCCGAUCCCGAAAUCCGGUUCGGCCCAAGACACUAUCAAUUAGACAUCCCGGCCCAUCCAUCCCCGCAAACGCAUGGUGCCUACAGCCUACAGCAAUAUAUCUUGGAACAGAAAACAGGCCUCGGUCAAUUUCUCCCCAAACCGAGAUCUAGAUUGCGCUUGCCGUAUAUAACGUGUUCACCGCGCCCCCUUCGUGCAUCUUGGUCCAACCCCGUCCCAGAAGUCUGGCAACAAUGCAGUUCCUCCGUCUCCUUCUCCUCCCGGUCCUUGCGCUCACCGCCGCCGCCGCAGCGCCCCGUCGUGCUUGCCAGAAAGCGAUCUUCGUCCUCAGUGGCGAUUCCACCACGGCCCCCCAGUCCGCGGGCGGCGGCGGCUGGGGCAACGGCUUCAAGAACACGACUCUGCUCGCGCCCAGCUUCGCCGAGAACCACGCAGUGAACGGACGGUCAACCCAGAGCGUCCUCGCGAACGGUGAAUGGGCAGGUGUCUUGGACGCUGUGACGAAAUACAAAAGCCAAGGGAGCGUUUAUGUCACCAUCCAGUUUGGGCACAACGAUCAGAAGUUAGUGAAUUUCACGGGGCAGUUCGAGGUGAACCUUAAGAGGAUGGUCGGGGAUGUGAAGACGGCGGGCGGUGUACCGAUUCUCGUCACCCCCCUCGCCCGCCGCACUUACACCGACGGUGUGCUUACGGACAAACUUGCGGAUUGGGCGACGAUCACCCUCUCGGUAGCCAAGCAGACGAAGACGCAUAAAAUCGAUUUGCUGAAGGAGAGCAUGCGGUACCUUACCGCCAUCGGCGAAGCGAACGCGCGGAAGUUCGAUCUGGUAGCCGAUGAUCGCACACAUCUAAAUGAUGCGGGGAGCGUUGUGUUUGGGCGCAUGGUCAGCGACCUCCUAGUCGCGGAGAUGGGAGAGCCGGUGAGAUGUGUUACGAAGGCGGACAAGGAGCUUAGUAAGAAGAUUAAGGACGGGGUGAUGGCGAUUUAGACAGGGCUGUAUAAGUACUAAGGAAUAAAAAAAAUAGAAACAACGGUG